GCAAAGGACUGAAAUCGACUGAAGAGCUAGAGCGCAGGAAGGUCUCAUUCAACGGCAGCAGGGACGACUAGAGAGAAUGUGAAUUUAUCUGUCAGGUGUUUAUAACUGAAGAAUAGUAGACUGUUACAGUGAUGGAUGUGAGAGACUCUGCGGGAAGGUGGGAUGCUCUGGGCAGUAGAGACUCGAGCUCCAGAAAUGCAGCGAUGGAGCUCAUUCACCAGGAGGUGUUGAAGAGAAUAGAGAACAUCGGGCCAAUACCGGACCCACAGUCCUCCUCUCCCUCUGCCAUGGAUGACAGUCUGUCCAGUGAUCUCAACUCUCUUCUUGCCCAUGUCCUGAUGCUCUCCAAAAGGUGCCCUUAUGAAGACGUCAGAGAGAAAUGCAUAUGUUUGCUCCAGAGGGUUCAGGACGUUGGAGUGCGAAUCCCCAGACCGAUGGGAAAUGGACCAAGUAGAUUCAUACCAGAGAAAGAGAUACUUCAAGUCAGUAAAUUGGAUGAAAGAACACAGUCGAUUUUUGAGGACGCCUUCGCAGUGCUCGGUCGCCUUGACAACAUCUCCUUGGUGAUGGGGUUCCAUCCUCAGUAUCUGGAGAGCUUUCUUAAGACACAGCAUUACCUGCUUCAGAUCGACGGUCCCUUGUCUCUGCACUGCAGACAUUAUAUAGGGAUAAUGGCUGCCGCCCGGCACCAGUGCACAUACCUGGUCAACCUGCACGUGAAUGACUUCCUGCAGGUCGGAGGUGAUCCCAAGUGGUUGAAUGGUCUGGAAGAAGCCCCACAGAAGCUGCAGGCUCUCGGGGAGCUCAAUAAGAUCCUGGCCCACCGUCCCUGGCUGCUCACCAAAGAACACAUUGAGCGUCUACUGAAGGCUGAGGAGCACAGCUGGUCCCUGGCCGAGCUGAUCCACGUUGUGGUGCUACUCACACACUAUCACUCUCUGGCCUCCUUUACGUUUGGUUGCGGCAUCACCCCUGACAUCCAAACAGAUGGAGGACAUACAUUCAGGCCGCCCUCGCUCAGCGGUUACUGCGUUUGUGACAUUGCCAAUGGCAACGGUGGCCUGGAGGAGAUGUUUGGGAACCAGCAGGUGUCAGAGUCGUCUGGUGAGGUGGAAGUGCUGAUGGAGAGGAUGAAGCAGCUCCAAGAAUGCCGUGACGAAGAGGAAGCCAGUCAGGAGGAAAUGGCCACUCGUUUUGAGAGGGAAAAGACAGAGAGCAUGCUGGUGGUCACUUCUGAGGACGAGGAGUGUGUACCAUCCAGAGAUGUUUCACGACACUUCGAAGACCCUAGUUACGGCUACAAAGACUUCUCCAGGAGAGGAGAACAUGUACCCACCCUCAGAGUGCAGGACUACAGUUGGGAAGACCAUGGCUUUUCCCUUGUGAAUCGGCUGUAUCCGGAUUUUGGACAGCUUCUGGAUGAAAAGUUCCAGAUCGCAUACAAUUUGACAUAUAACACAAUGGCGACACACCAGGGUGUGGACACUUCCAUGCUCCGUAGAGCCAUCUGGAACUACAUCCACUGCAUGUUCGGGAUUCGGUACGAUGAUUAUGACUACGGAGAAAUUAACCAACUGUUAGACCGCAGUUUUAAAGUCUAUAUCAAAACUAUGGUGUGCAGUCCAGAGAAGAUCACCAAGAGGAUGUACGAGAGCUUCUGGAGGCAGUUUCGGCACUCUGAGAAAGUCCACGUUAAUUUGCUUCUUAUGGAAGCGCGCAUGCAGGCAGAACUGCUCUACGCUCUGAGAGCUAUCACUCGCUACAUGACAUGAAGUGCUGUUCUUGUCUACCUUUUUAUUUUUUUACUGUUGUUGAUGUUGCUACAGUGGGACACUUCAAUAAAUGUAAAAAAAAAAAUGGAAAAAGAAAACGAAGAAGAAAGCCUGAGUGGCGGUGGAGGAUGAUGAGAAGAUUGUUUUGUUAACAAAAAGAAAAACAACUGUCAACUGAACCUACUUGCUGAAUAACUUGUGUGGCUGCUCAGCCUGCAGUGCCAAAACUGGCCACUGGGGGCUGUCUGAGCAGACUCAAUCCCUCACGUGUUAGAGGACAAGCUGAGACUGCAAGCUUCUGGAGGUCAGACCUCCUUUAGUAUUUCAAAUGCAUCUGCGAUGAGAUGCCAUAUAAUCAUAUCUUCUUUUUGUGAGAUGAGAUUAAAAAAACCACAAAAAAAAAAAAAAAAAAAAAAAAAAAACACACACAAAUAGCAACUCCAGCACCGGUGCAGAUAGACUGCACUAACAUGCCUAUCUACUAGUGGUUUUUUUUUUGUUUUUUUUUUCCAUAUCGUUUUAUAUUGUUUUUAUUUUUUUUUCAGCAGUGGCUAGAGAUAGAAGCAUUACUGAUUUUGCAUAAACGCGUGCCUAGUCAUGCGCAGCACUGGCAACAGAUGCUGAGGUGCCGUCUGUUCAUGCUGCUUUUCUCAAAUGAGAGGCCUCAAGACACCCAAACCAUCACCCAUUUGUAUAAGCUAAUCCAGGAACGAUUGUGUUAGUGUGAGUGUGAGAGCGCAAUUCAAAAGUAAUAGCUGCCUGAGCCCUUGUUAGAGUUUACUGUAAGACACCACUUUGUCUCUUUGUGACAUUUUCAAUGUGUGAAUGUGGGGGGUGGGGGGGGAUAGGGGAAAAAAAUCCAUUGGCUCUUUUUGGGUUUCCAUGCAUUAACAAUAUCAAAGCACUUUUUAAAAAAAUGUUAAGCUUCAGCUGUUAUGUAGCCAUUUUGUUUCAAUGACUGUUUUCUAUCUUUUUUUAUUUGUGUUAGUGACUUUUAAAGUGAAAAGGUCUUCCUUUUGUGACAUGCUUCCUGUUGCUCUGAACCAUCCGCCUUAUCUGUCUUCCUUUUAAUGCACGGUCAUCUUAACUCCUCGAGCUUUUUGUUGUUUUUAUUUUGAGGUUUAUUAACUAAAUACCUCCUGUUAUGUAUCCUUAAAUAUCUAAGUGCUGUCUGGUGAGCAGAACUUUGUCUUACGUGGCUGCCUGUCGUGGGCUACGAUCUGUACCGACCUAGAAGCUAAGAACCAGGCAACCCGCACGACUUCACGGUUGUGGGGUUAAACGAUGCUUGUUCUCAUUCUCAGAACUUUAACCAGUGUAACUAAGCAGUUUUGUUUCGAGUGUGUGUGUGUUUUCUUUUCAAGCGGGGUGGAUUCUCUGCUGUCUUUUUUUUUUUGUUUACUAAAACCAGUUAAGUACUGCAUUCUGAUGAUGGCAGGACUAGAGGGAUGGUACUUUUUCCUUUGGAAAUGGAUAUGAGGAGGUUUUAAGUCAGACUUGAGAGACUGAUGUCAGUUACUGACACUUUUAUAAGAAAAUAUUUGAUUAAAAAAAAUAAAACAUGGUAUUUCA